CGGACGCACGCUCCGCUCCCCGCUCGCCUGCGACGCAUGGGCCACUUCCCCAUCGGCUGGCCGCCCAUGGACCCCGCUGCCGCUGCCGCGCUCACCGGCACCCUGCCGCUCCCGUCCCAGGCCCUGGCGGCCAACGGCGCCGCGUACUGCGUCGACCCGGCCCUGUACGCGUUCGUCCCGCCCCACAUGAUGCAUCCCGCCCCAGCCAUCGAGGCAGAGGCGGCGAGGCGGCGCCAGGAGGAGGAGAACGCGGCCAUCCGCCUGGUGCACCUCCUCGUCACCUGCGCCGGCGCCAUCCAGGCGGGCGACUACUCCGCCGCGCAUGGCAACUUGACCGAGGCGCACGGGAUCCUCGCGGCGAUCACGACGGCGAUGGGCAUCGGCCGCGUCGCGGAACACUUCGCCGCCGCACUCUCGCAGCGCCUCUUCCCGGCGACCCCGCACGCAGCGCCUCCAACAAAGCCUCCCGCCGCGCCGGCCGAGCUCUACCAUCACUUCUACGAGGCGACGCCAUACAUCAAGUUCGCCCACUCCACAGCCAACCAGGCCAUCCUCGAGGCGUUCGAGGGCUGCGGCCGCGUGCACGUCGUCGAUUUCGCCCUAAUGCAGGGCCUGCAGUGGCCGGCGCUCAUCCACGCUCUGGCCAAGCGCGAAGGCGGCCCGCCGUUUCUGCGCAUCACUGGCAUUGGCCCGCAACCCACUGGCCCCCGCGACGAGCUCCACGAGGUGGGUCUUCGCCUCGCCGAGCUCGCGCGCUCCUUGGACGUCCCCUUCGCCUUCCGGGGAGUCGCCGCCGACCAACUCGACGGGGUUCGCCCGUGGAUGCUCAACCUCGUCCCCGGCGAGGCGAUCGCCGUCAACUCCAUCCUGCAGCUCCACCGCAUCCUCGUCGACCCGGACGCCGACCCGACGGUGACCGCGCCCAUUGACAUCCUCCUCAACUGGGUCACCGCCUUACAGCCCAGGGUCUUCACGGUUGUCGAGCAGGAGGCGGAUCACAACAAGCCCUCGCUGCUGGAGCGGUUCACCAACGCGCUGUUCCACUACGCGGCCAUGUUCGACUCCAUGGAGGCCGUGGGUUCCAGCAACGCGCUCGCGGAGGCGUACCUCCGGGCAGAGAUCUUCGACAUCGUCUGCGGCGAGGGCAGCGCCCGCGCCGAGCGGCACGAGCUGCUGGUUCCCUGGCGGGAGAGGCUCGCACGCGCGGGGCUGACUCAGCUGCCGUUCGGCCCGAACGCGCUCCGGCAGGUGACGACGCAGCUGAUCCGCAUGACGUCGUUCUCCGGCGCGGGGUUCGGCGUCUUGGAGUGCGCCGGCAGCCUCGCACUCGCGUGGCACGACCGACCGCUGUACGCGGCGACGGCGUGGCGGGCGACAGGAGGGGAUGCUGCCGGCGCCGUCACUAACAUCGAGGGGUGCGCCAACGGUAACAGUAGGAACGGUAGCAGUGAGAGCAACAGCAGUGGCAACCUGGCAACUGCCCAGGGUGCAGCUAAGGGAAUUAUCAUGCAGUAA